UUAAAUUAAAAAAAAAAAAAAAAAAACAAACACCCAACUCUAAAUUAUAUUGCUUUAAUACAAAAACAAAAAAAUAAUAAUAAAAAAAAUAUUUAAUAUAAAGCUUCCAUCUAUUCUAAAUACAAAACUAAAAUUAAACUAAAGCAACGCAAAAAAAUAAAUAUUCAGGUAUUUUUUAAAAAUAUAUAAAAGAAAAAAACAAAUUAACUUAAAAUAUAAAAUUAAAUAAAAACUAAAAAAAAAUCGUGACAAAUUAUAUAUAAACCAACAAGAAAAAAGGGAGUUGAAAAAAAUAUAAAAACAAAAAUUGAACCACCAACCAACCAAUUAUCCUGAAGAACUUGCAUGGGAGUAUAAUGUAAAAAACCAAUAAGCAACAAACAAACUCAGAAAAUAAAUCUUCUAAUUUUUUAACAAAUGUUUUGAAACAAAACUACCUCAAUAUACAAGAUAAUAAUAACAGAUUUUUACAAAAAAAUAAAAAUAUUUAAAAUAUACAAAAAAUAUCAACUACAACAACAACAACAAGAAGAAAAAAUACAAGAAAAACAGAAAACAUCUGCAUAACACAGUUGGUAACGAACGAAGCAGCAACAGCAGCAGAAAACCUUGUAAACCAGCAAUCUCACCUAUGACGAUGAUGAUUUGUUGGCCUGCCAUACAAAAACAGCUGAAUUGAAAAAUAACAACAACAACAUUGGCCCACAGAAAACCAGCUGAUAAACCAGAAACCAAAACAAACCCACACCGAGACCCAAAUCAACAGCCUGCCUGCCAACCCAACCAGCCAGCCAGCCGACACACAUACAUACCCACACGCUUGCUCGUGUUGAACACACCUCUCUUCUAACAUAUGAUUUGAAAAUUGUUUCGGUGUGCUGAAAUUAAUUAUUACAAAAUUUUGUAAGACAACAACAGCAACAAAACACAACAAAAAAAAAAGUUGCAGCAAAACGUGAGGUUUUUUCUAAAAACGUCAAUCGAUCGGACUGCUGCCUGCCUGCCGCCUGCCUUCUAAACAAAGUUUAUGUAAAAAAAAUUCUGAAUCGAAGCAAUUGUUUCCUAUUUGAAAAUAAUCGUUGUACUGUAACACAACAACAACAAGAAAAAAAUUGAAAUAUAAUUAUGUGUGAAUAAAGCGAACAUUGGAGUGAAGACAGAGAAAAAAAAAAAAAACUAAAUUGUAGUGGCAACAUUUAGAUUCACCUUGAAAUCGCUUUUAUUUUUUGUUUCUGUUUCCCCUAUGAGUUUCGUAUUCUCUGCUGUGUUCAUUUCGAACUAAUCAAACGCAACGACCAAACAACAAACUGCCUGCCUGCCAGUCUGUCAGUCAGCCAGCCAGCCAGCCAGCUAACCAAGUUUCUGUGUGCAGCCAAGCCAGCCAGCAAUUGUGCGAGCUUAGAAAAAUAAUUAUAAAAAAAUAUAAUAACAACAAAAACAACAACAACAACCAUAAUUCAAAGCCAAGCCAGCAAUUAAGCCAAGAAACCCAGCUGUGGUAAUUCAAAACGAACACAGACCGCCAACAAAUCAAAAAAAAAAAAAACAAUCCAUCCAAACCUUGUUUAGCAAAACAAGCUGAGCUACAAAAUCCAGAAUUCCUUGUGCAAGGAUAUUUUAAAAAAACCUGCCCCAAAAUUGUCCUUGGAAAGAGAGGAGAGUCCAGAUCUAAGCUAUUUAUAAAUAUUAAAUUAAGCCACCACCAUAGCUAAAGUUAAACCACCAGUAGAUUUUUUUUUAAUGACAACAAGAAAACCAACUACCUCAGGAACGAAACAACAACAACAACAACAACUAUAACAAUUUUUUUUAUAAAUAUAUAUCACUAAAGAGAAAAAAAUUUUAAACUGCAACGAAAAAUAAAAAAAAAAAUUAUAGGAAAAAAAACAAAACCAGGAAAACAACACAAAUCUACAUUUGAAACCAAACACACAUAUAACUCAACUCCUCUGGGUCUGACUCAACGACUGGAAACAAGUAAAAAAACGGAACGUAUGAACAGAGUAACAACAACAAAAUAUCAAAUUAUUACUCAUACAGCAAUACAACCCCAACGACAGUUGGAAGCAGUAGCAACAGCAGCAGCACCACCGCCAUCACAUUAACAAAUGUUCAACAGCACCACCACCACCACCAAUAGUUUUUAAAGGUUCCAUACCUCAACAUACCGUAAAGACCAUACACUGCCCAAGGAGACUCAUUUGUUUUUUGGCUAGUGUCGUACCGAAAACCCAACGAACAGGGUUUCAAAAGCCACCGAACCAAAAGCCAAAACAUUAAAACAGCCAGACCUCAAAAGAAAUUUUUGGCUGAAUCAGCAAAAAUUUGUUGACAACAAUAAAAGCAUUAUCAAAUUGCAACAACAACAAUCAAAUUCCAAAAAAAAAAAAAUAAAAAAUACAAAAUUUCAAGGAAAUUUUUUCAAUUUCACUCAAACAAACAACACAAGACACUCAAGCAAAAAUCAUUAAAAACUUGGGGAAAAAUCAAAGAAAAUUAAAGUUUUAACGGAAAUUCUAAAAAAAUUAAAUUUCACUCAAUUUUGAAAAAGUCACUCAAUUUUGGGAAUAAUCACUCAAGUGAAAACAUUGUAAACUUUGUGAAAAAAAAAAAAAUAAAAAAAGAGAAGAAAUAAAAAAUCUUAAAUUUCACCCAAUUUUGGGAAAGUCACUCAAUUUUGGGAAAACUUACUCAAGAGAAAACUUUGUGAAAACUACAUAAAAUAAAAAUUUAAGACGGAAAAACAAUAAAAAAUAAUUUUCUCUCUUUUUGUGUACCGGAAAACCAACAAAAACUAAUUUUUACUCAAAUUUGGAAAAAAAUCACUCAAAGAAAAAAACGGUGGAAAAUUGUUGCAAAUCACAGGAAACCAACUUUUAACGCGAUAACUGCAACAUUGUUUAACAAAAAUCCCUCAUUUUGAAACAAAAAUUACAUUUCACUCAACUUGGAAAAAAUCACUCAAGGAAAAAAUCAUUGGAGUUUCUUGGAAAAUCAAUUUAAAUUGUGGAAAUUAAAAGGAUUUCCGGAAAAUUUCAUAAAAAUUUAUAAAGAAAUACAAAAAACAAAUUUCACUCAAAUCUCCAACGAAACACUCAAGUGAAAUUAACAACCUUAUUUAAUGAAAAUUAAUAAAAAAAAUACUUUUAUUAAACCUAAAAAAACCCAAUAUUAAACAGUGGUAUCUUGCUGGCAUUCAACAAAUAAAGAAAACACUCAAUUGGAAAUUCGGGAAAAAUAAGUGAAAUACAAAAAAAAAAAAAAUCGUUUUCAAUUUCGUCAAAUCUAAAAGGAUUACAAAAGUUUUGAAAAAGAAAAUUGUUUGCCAAAAAUUGUGGGGGAAAAUCAAUUCCACUCAAUUUUAAGAAAACACCACUCAAUUAAAAAUUCACGCGAAAAUAACUGCUUUGCCAACGUUUUAGACCAAAAAUCAUAGAGAAAGUGUCAUAAUUCCCCAAAUCGCAUGAGAAUCCAAUUUCACUCAAAUUUAAGGAAAAAACACUCAAUUGGAAAGUGAUCAAAAUUAAGGGGUUUUUAAUUUUUUCGCAGCCAACACAAUCCCCAGGGGCAUAUAGUUGCUAAAAAGCCAUAGAAAAGCAAUUGCACUCAAUUUGGAAAAAAAUCACUCAAUUGGAAAUUGGUUAAAAAUGAAAAUUUCUCCAAGGUUUUAAAGAAAAAAUCCCCCAAUUUGGACUUUUCUGAGCUGAAAAUCCCACAAAAAAGCAAUUUCACUCAAGUGGCGAAAAAUCACUCAAUCGCAAAAAAAGUGAUAAAAAAUUGUAAAAAAUUCCAAAAAAUCAAAGGAAAAAUAUUUCACGUGAAAGGAAACUCAAACCAUAAAAUUUGAGAAAAUAAAAAACAAAAUCUAAAAUACGCUCAAUAUUGAAAAACCGCCAUAUGUGAUAGAGAAUUGAAGGUAAUUUUGAAUGAAGUUGCCCUCAAACAUUGUGUGUGAAAUUAUUGCCCAGUAUUAAGAAGAAAACAACUUAGGAACCAAAAGGAUCUCCAAACAUUCUACACAACCAAAGUGAUUGCGCAGAAGAAUUUUGAGUGAAACGAAACACAUCACAGAAGAGUAUUAAAAAGGAAAGACAAACAUCACUCCAAAAAUAAUAAAAAAAAAACUCCAAAGGCCAAUAGUUCUCGGUUGUGAAUGUUUUCCUUGGGAAACCCAACAGACAGGGCCCUGAAAUCGCUACAACAACAAACAUGAGCGUUGCAAACAUUCUGACAGAGCAACUGCAACAGAAUCACAAUACCCUUAAGACUAACACAACAACGUUAAAGAGUUAAACUCCUUUGGCGCAGAAAAAGACUACAAAAAUCCAACGAAACUUCCGUUUGUGAUCUCCAAAAAGCCAUCUUUUUUAUUUUGAUAGAAUAUUUUUUCCGGAGGCACCCCUUUUUUUCUUUGUGGCCCCGGAUACCCACCAAAAACGGGGUUUUUUUGAAUUAAGAAAAACAAAAAACUGAAGAAGAAACAAACAAAAAUGUUCUGUGAAUCAAAUCCAUUGAAUGAUUUUCAGCACGAAGAAGACUCGUUGCUGCAACAGCAACAACAACAACAACAUCAGCUACAUCCGCUGCCCACCCUUAACUAUGCCAGUUCCCCCCAUGGAAUGGAUUUAGAUCAGGCCUCAAUUGGCGAACUCAUCGAAGACGACUUGAAUGACUUCAUCGAAGAGGUUGACGAGAAACAGCAGGAACAGCAACAGCGCGAAGUAGAACAAGACAAAUUUAGUCGGCAAUUUUUUGAAUUCCAAGAGGAAGAGGAUCAGCAGCAGCACCAGCACCAGCAGGAUUUGAGCGUCAUUAUCAGAGAUGAUAAUGAGUUUCUGAUAGAAGCCGAAGAAGAAGUGGAGGAAAUCUACCAACAAGAAAUAGCGGGCCAAGAGGAAGAGCUGGAACAAGCAAUUGGAGAAGACAUUGACGAAGUUGUGCUGCUGAGCAACAGAAUAGGACAGCAGCAGCAGCAACAGCGAACGCCAUUGCAAAAGCAGCAAAGAAGGCGAGUCAGGCUGGUGGCGACGUCAACGCCAAAUAUUACUCAUGCUAAAGUUGGUGCAACAAAGGCAAGGCAACAACAACAAUCAUUAACAGCUGCCAACAUAUGUAAAAAGACCAACACCACCAACAACAACAACAAUCUUAUUUUUAUUAACAACAUUCACAAUAGCAACAGUAACAGCAGUAUCUUAAGCUCCCACAGCACGAGCAGUAGUAUUGUCAGCCACACCACUACCAGCAACAACAACAACAACAUAAGGACCUCAAAUUCCAACAACCACAAAAGUCAACAACCCAAUUACUCCCUUAACAAUAUCAGUGCUUCGGCUAGUCCUCUGAGCGGUAGCAGCAGCAACAGCAACAGCAGCUGUGCCGGCGACGACAGUGUCAACAAUAAAAUCAAUAUUAGUUUUGAAAAUAAUUUGAAUAUUAUGAAUUUCAAAACGACGAUGCAGACUCAGAACCAGACCCAGAGCCAGAAUGCUGAGGAGUUUUUAGCUCUCACAACGGCAAUGGACAAUAGCAGCAACAACAACAGCUUUGAAAUGGAAACCCAAGCCAUGGGCCAGCAUUUACAACAACAACAACGACAAUCAUCAUCAUCAUCACAACAACAACAGCAGCAGCAGGACAAUGUCAUCUUUGGCUCGCAAAGGGUUAAUAUGAACUCAAGUACCCCAUAUUCGGAUGCAACCCAAACCAAAAAACACUCCCCCGGCCACAUAAAACGGCCCAUGAAUGCAUUUAUGGUGUGGAGCCAAAUGGAACGCCGCAAAAUCUGUGAAAAGACGCCCGACAUGCACAAUGCCGAGAUUUCCAAGGAGCUGGGCCGUCGCUGGCAGCGUUUGAGCAAGGAAGAGAAACAGCCCUACAUUGUGGAGGCUGAGAAACUGCGUCGCCUGCACAUGAUUGAGUAUCCCAACUACAAGUACCGGCCCCAGAAGAAACUGGCCCGGACCACUUCGUCGUCGAGCAAACAGGGUGGCCAGGAGAGCAAUGAAAGUUCCGAGCUAAAUUCAACGGCCUCGCCCCCGGGACCACAGAAGUCACAGCAGGGCAGUGGCGCGGCCAAGCCGGGUCGCAAGGGUAAGCGAGCGGCUAGCAAUGGCAACGGCAACAACAGCAGCAGUAAUGCCAAUCAGCCAAACUUCGCCAACAACAAUAACAAUGAUGGCACCCCACCCUACAAAAAACAACGCCAUAAUAGCUGUAAGUCCCUGAAUAUGAGCACCACCACCGAUUACGAGGACGAUGAUGAGGGAUUGAUGGGCGGUUGUUGUGACACCCCUCCCAGCACCAGCCAUCAUUUGGAAAUCAGCACUAGCUAUUUAAAUGCCACAGCGGGCAGCGAUUUCCCUCUAACCACCUCAAACUCAUGUUACAACAACAACAACAACGCCGAUGAACAGCCACAGCCACACCAACAAAGAUUACCCACCCUGGCGGAUCUAACGUCUGGCACGUUACACUUCAAGACCGAAGAUGAUGUGAUUGGUGGUGAGCAGGAUGUUUUGGCCAUCGCCGAUGACAUGAUGAUGACCAGUUCGGUGUUUGGUUUAGAUGAUGGCGACUCUUCCGAUUUGCAUAACUCCUAUGGCACACACAACCACCACCACAACAAUAGUAGCCACCUCAAUCACCAACCCCAGCACCCACAUCAUGGCAUUGUCAACAUCGAUGCCAAUCUUCAUCCUGCCAGUCAACAGCAACCGAAUGUUGACCCAGCAAUGCAGUAUUCCGAUAUGAAUUUCCUUGAUUUCUAUUGCAAUGAUAUGUCUCCGACUGCCUCCAACAAUAACAGUAACAGCAACAACAACAAUAAUACAACACCGGCCGCUGCGGCUGGGAACUGUGGACUGGACGAGGAGGUUGGCCAGGACCAGCAACAUUACACAAUAUUGGGCUGUGGCAGCGGCUGUGAAACCAACAACAACACACAGCUUCAUCACAUGUCAUCAUCCCAACAACAACAACAACACCAUCACUCCUUGUCCAGGUUGGGGUCCCAACCCACCGUAACCGUGAACUUUGUUACAAUGAACAGCAACAACAGGCAUUGCAUUAAAUAUGACAACACGUCCACAUUCCAUCUCGACUCAUCGGCUGCUAUCUUCUCCAGCAACACCAACAAUACCGACCACAACAACACAACAUUGGCGGCGAACACAGUCAUCAUAUCACCCUCACCAGAUGAAUGCUGCAGCCCCCUACUCAACGGUGCACCCCACUCGCCUCAGCUGGGCGGCAUCUGUCACCCUUCACCCCUGGUGGGCGGUGGAGUGAUCAGCAUCAAUGCCGCCGGCCUUUGUUCGGACCCAAGGGAGAGCGUGUCCCUGGAGACCCUCACAACGGCCACAAACGAUCUUAGUUCUUUAAAUGUCGUCGAUACCCACAAUCGAACGCUGUUCGAUCUCACGCACGACGAUUUGCUGCCACCACAAGCGACGAACAGCCAUUUGGAAUUUGCACACCCAUGGACCCUAUAAACAGCUGCAGCAGCAGCCGCAGCGACAACAACAAACUGUCAUUUGUGUGCAUUCUCUCAGUUACUCACUCACUCACUCAUUCGCACACACAAUCAAUUACUCCUACUCCCAGGACAAACUAAUCCAAAGUAAGGAGUUUGAAUUUUUUUGGAUUUUAAAAAUUUUGUAAUUAAAUCAGAGUUGGGAGUUGCAAUGACCAAAAUCAAAAAAAAAAAAUCGAGAUGUGUUCCCCUUAACACGCAAAUGUCCCCGAGGGAAAUUUGUGUGAAUUAAUGCCGGGGGGGAAAAUACGUCAAUAUUUUUUGAAAUGAUUUUUUUUUUUUGUGUUAACAGUUCCCAGCUUCCUUAUUGUAGAAUUAGUUCGCGAACACAGUUUAACAGGCCAAGGGCGGGGAGGAGAACAUCUCAUGUUAUGUGAUAAAAUGAAAGCGGUAUCCAUUGAAGAGAGGAAAAUGCUUGUUUUGGUAAAUGAAUUGUGAAAAUAUCCGUAUCUCUCACUCUCUCUCUCUCUCUCUCUCUUUGUUUGAAGAUUUGUCUUGUCUUCUUUUGAAAAAAAAACAUACAAUUUUAAUAUUUACCAGUCUUCCGAAAAAUGCUCUCGAAUUCGAGCUGGAGCUCUCCUGGGAGUACAAAAAAACGAAGCAAACAAUUUAUAUUUUUCAGUUUCGCUCGAAUAAAACCGAGCAUGCUGAUUUUUCAAAUAGGAGUGAUUCGCUUCCACCCAGAAGAAAACCCCAUAUAAAACUUCCAUUUUUGUGCAAUCUUGCUCACGAGCAAGUUUUUGUCCCGAGUGAAAACGAGCAAAUCGGUGCUACGCUUUUAAAUAAGAAUUAUUUUUUUUUUUUUCAAUUCUAAGUUAUCAUCCCAGAACAAAAAAAUAAUAUAUUAACUUCAAAUAAUAAUAAAUGUAGACUCCACUUCCAAAAAUCAAUUGUCAAUAUUUUUGGGAUUAUUUUUUAGUAUGCGUCGACAAAUAACAACAAAUUGACUCUCUCUUUAUGCCUCUCCUAUCUUAUUAUUAUUAUUUCAACGAAAAGUGCCCGGAAGUGACAUAGCGGUAACAUAAAACAGAGUGUAAGCAUGAUUGAAGUUUAUUAAAAGCACUCUCAAACUCUCUCUCUCUCUAUCUCUCGUUCUCAUGGAAGAUGAGAUAGCCUGGUAUAAGGGAAAAGAGAAAUUAGAGCAAUAUCUAAAUAUAAAUAGUACAAUUCCGUUUGGAUUUUUCUCUCUCUCUCUCUCCCUUUCUGCUCGUCUCUCUCUUUCAUGAUCUUACAAGUGUUUAUGGUUGUCAUUUCAAAUAAUCAUAUCUCAGGAACUAACGAACGGAUUUUCAUGAUUAAUAUCUCAUAUGAAAGGGAAUUGAGAACAGUUUUAGACUAAUAGAAAUCUUCAACAAUUUAAUCAUUUUGACCUAUUGCUAAAUAAAUAAAUACAAAAUGGGUACCUAUUUUUGUCUCUUUCUUUUUUUUCAAGAUUUUAAAUUUAAUUGCUACCAACCCAAUUAUUCUGCUUUUAAAAAAUCCGCAUUGCUUUAAACUUAAAUUCCAAAAACCAUAUUUUCUACAUUGAAUGCCAAUUUUAUGUGGAAAUUAUUUAUCUAUUAAAUUGUCGGUUACAAAUAUCCAUCGCUGCAAACCAUAACUAUUGAAAAAAGUCAAUAAGCCUCCAGGCUUUUGAAUAUUUUUGAUUAUUCUUAUUCACACUUGGAAAAAAUUAACUUUAUUUAUAAAUUUUCUAAUAUCAGAGUAACCGUCCCUGCAUGUAAGAACAAUUUUCAAAUUUAUUCUCGUUUCCAGAAGUUCCAUCUUUAAAAAAAAAAAUUAAAUUGACUUUAUUUAACUGUAAUCGCCUUUUUU